GCCUAAAUAAUUGCUAAGCAAAAUAUGAAAUUUAGCCGGUUGAAAAACAUAAGCUCAUUGUAAAACUAUUUCAAAAUGAAAAUAACCAAGGCCAAUAGGAGGAACAUUGUAUUUUGUGCAUUAGCUAUUUUGAUUCUGGCGGUGUGCUUCAUACUGAUUGCCCAUUUCUCAGGCUUUCAGCAUGAGCCCAAGGAGUUCAGAACUAUGCUAAAGACAUUGCUAUUUGUGGUGAUCCUAGAUUUGCUCAUAUGGGAGCCGAUUAGGUUCAUUGUGCUUGCCAUCGACCACGCCACCUGGCCGUCAAUGGACAUGUCUUACGAGUCGGACGUGGGAAACAAGCCCACUCUCUUCGCCUACCUGAAGACUCGGCUGAAGAGUCGGCGAUCCGAGGUCCUAAUCACCGACGAACACCGGAACGAGGCCCUAAACCAGAAGUACAAGCGCAUUUCCACCGAUCUGAUACUCUACGGAUCAUUCUUUUUGACGCUGCUGCUGAUUAUCCUGUCUUCCCAGGACCAAAGCCUUUACUACGCAACGAACAUGAUGAACAGACUAUUUAGGCUGGAUACCCCGACCACAAUGGGCCUGUCGGGAAUAAAUUUCCAGUACGAGAUUUACACGUUCUUCUCGCUCACCUUGGUUGAAGCCUUUAAUGUGAACAAUAGCGACUACGGCUAUAAUGGUUGGUAUGCCAUGGAGCAGUGGAAGAUGAUGGGUGCGAUACGGUUGCGCCAGUUGCGCACCCCGUCCAAAAAUGUAGGAACGGACAAGCUGAAAUGGGACAACAAGACGUAUGCGCCCGAGUGGAAGCUGCCAUACAAGCGCUUACACUACAGAGAUAGGUUCUGGCGGGUCUUUGACCCCUUCACUCCGAUGGAUGUGGAGCCCAGCUUUAUAAAUGGCCUGUUACUCAACUUUGACCACCUCGGCGAUUUAAUGCUCUACCCGGAGCUCGGCGGCUAUAUGGCCCUGAUGAUGAGGACACAGGUGAGCAAUCGGAUGCAGGUUAAGUACCUACACGCCUACAAAUGGCUGGACAGGAAAACCGUGGCCCUCUUUAUGGAUUUCUCAAUGUACAACGCGGACGCCAACGCGUUCACGAUUCUGACGCUACGGGUUGAGAACAGCCCGUUCGGAACUCAGCUGACUAAUGUGCAAGUGGACUGCAUCAGGAUACUAAGCGGUGGUGACCAUCUCACUUCGUAUCAGACGAUUUUGUUGGCCAUAUAUUUUAUUCUCGUGCUGCAGUUCAUACGCGUUCUGGGGAAGAACCUAUGGUACGAUCCAGCGUCCAUAAAGCAGUUAUGGAACUUGGUGGACUUGUGCAUUUUCCUGCUGAACGUGUUUUUGCUUAUUUUGUAUUGUGUGCGCGAGCUUUUGACAAAUGGCAUUCUAGAGACGGUCCAGACGUCUACCAUGGAGCAAUAUCUGGGUGUCCAGCGUCCGUUGCAGCUGCAUCGUUUAAUAGACAUCACCUUGGGCUUACUUAUCACCAUCACCACACUGCGACUUUGGAAGGUGCUGCAGUUCGCCUCUGUCUUCCAGCACUUCUCUCAGACAGUGUUCUCCGCCUGGAAAGCGACGAUCAGUCUCGGAGUGGCUAUCAUAGUUAUCCUCAUGGGCCUUGGGAUUGCUUUGGCCGUGCCCAACGGUAACAACGCACUGGUAUGUCGUCAUGUCGUUCAUGCGAUCAUCACCUGUCUUUGGUACUCAACGGGUUACAGCGAAGGCAUAAACCCCAAUGAUUUCUUCCACGGUGGCGUUAUUUUUGGGGUUCUGAUUUUCCUGACGCUAGUCUUUCUUUUGGGCAUCAUCCUUUUAAAUGUGUUUGCCUCAGUCAUCUACGACUACUUAAUAAACACCGGGAAGAUUCUAAAGGAGAAGGGAAAGACCGAGAAGAUCAGCUUCUGGCAGUUCCUGCAGGUGGAGUAUGGGGAGCUCGUACGCCGCUACUUGUUCUGCUUUUUCAAGCCCAAGAAAUACUACCGCCACAAACGCACGGUUGCCGAGAACGUAGCCAUGGAGCUGGACCGUCUGGAGUAUAAUGAGCUGCUAAGGUCACGCGGCCGGUACUAUAAGCCAAAACGUCGACUCACUGAUGAGGAGCAGCAAGCGGAUUACAUGAGGCGCGUGCAUCGUGUUAUUAGCCUUAAUGCUGUGCUAGAGGUUCAGCUGGAUCUUUUGGAGCGCUAUCUGUUCGGUGACGAGUAUGGAAAUAUUUCGACACCACCGGGGUCUGACGCGGAUACCGACAUAACUAAGUGGGGAAAGCCAAAUCUAAGGAAAUAAAAGCAUACUGGACGUCUCUAGAUUUUUAGUGCAGUAGCAAGAACACAACUCUAAUAAAGUCGUAAUAAAAUAUAAGCU